AUGCUCGCGGUGGUCUUGUGCAUGAUGGAGAAGGUCCCACCGCCAUCGGAAGCUACGACUGCAGAGACCUCUGCGCCUGCUCACAACCUGCCUCCGGGCUACACAGACAUAGCUCACGUGAGACCAGAGUCUCGUGCCUCGCUUACAGAAGGCAGGCCCUGGCGGGUAGGCUUCGCAUUCGGCAGCGCGCCGCACUCUGCGCACAGCCUGCCUAGUCCUGGAGCAUCCGCCGUAUCCGCACCUGGCACCACACCCAAGUCCACCCCAUCUUUGCCUGCAGCAGAUGCAGCCUUGAUCGCCAGGUCACUGGACCGCGGACCCCAACCCCGCGAGUUUCUAUCAGAAAGCAUAAGGCAAGGCGUCCAGACAAGUCUCCCAAUCUUUCCUCCACUGGCCUCUCACCAGCAGCAGCCGCAGCAGCCGCAGCAGCGACAACAGCUGCAGCCAGGGCCUCCAAAAUCGGGGCCAUUUUUUCGUGGAUAG